AUGGUCGUAGCGUCGGUGGCCACAGAUGGCGUCGAUCAGCAGGUGAGAUAGAUAGGCGCUUCGCUCUAGAUUCAUCCUAUUUUUCCAAUUUUCAGGUCGAGAUCUCGUAUUAUGAUCAGAAGGUCAUCGGAAACGGCUCGUUCGGAGUCGUGUUCCUUGCCAAACUGUCGACGACCAACGAAAUGGUGGCUAUCAAGAAGGUGCUCCAAGAUAAGCGAUUCAAGAAUCGCGAGCUGCAAAUUAUGCGAAAGCUCAAUCACCCGAACAUUGUGAAGCUCAAAUACUUCUUUUAUUCGAGCGGUGACAAAAAGGAUGAGCUGUACCUGAAUCUGAUUCUCGAAUACGUCCCGGAGACGGUCUACAGGUAGCAGAAUUCCUGUUAUCAUCUUUUCGAAAUCAAUUUUGAUAAUUUCAGAGUGGCGCGACACUAUUCAAAGCAGCGACAGCCGAUUCCGAUAAUUUACGUCAAGCUGUAUAUGUAUCAGCUGCUCCGUUCGCUCGCCUACAUUCACAGCAUCGGGAUCUGCCAUCGUGACAUCAAACCGCAAAACUUGCUCAUCGACCCGGAGAGUGGCGUGCUGAAGCUGUGCGAUUUCGGAUCGGCCAAGUAUUUGGUGCGCAACGAGCCGAACGUCUCGUACAUUUGCUCGCGCUACUAUCGUGCUCCGGAGCUCAUCUUUGGAGCCACUAACUACACCAACUCGAUAGACGUGUGGUCGGCCGGAACCGUGAUGGCCGAGCUUCUCCUCGGACAACCAAUCUUCCCUGGAGACUCGGGAGUCGAUCAGCUCGUCGAGAUUAUCAAAGUGCUCGGAACACCGACUCGCGAACAGAUCCAGAGCAUGAAUCCCAACUACAAAGAGUUCAAGUUCCCGCAAAUAAAGGCACAUCCGUGGAACAAGGUGUUCCGUGUUCACACACCCGCCGAGGCCAUCGAUCUCAUCUCGAAGAUCAUUGAGUACACACCGACGUCGCGUCCGACUCCUCAAGCGGUGAGUAAGCAUCAUAAUAUUCGCGGAUACUUAUUAUUAUAGACGCGUUUUGUAAUAGUAGCCGGCCGGUGUCUGAUCGAGAAAUCCCCAGAGGAAAUUGUCUCAAUUUCCUGUUUACAGGCUUGCCAACACGCGUUCUUCGACGAACUGCGAAACCCAGAGGCGCGACUUCCAUCAGGACGACCUCUGCCACAACUCGAAAUGGAUGGCCCAGCUGCCGGAAUGGGGCCAAACGAGGUUUCGACGACGACCGGAGAGCCGGGAACAUCCUCUUGAACGCGUUUUACACAUUUACUUUCUGCUCUUUUGUAUUUCUGUGUUCAAUUCUUUUCAAUUCAACCAACCCCUCGUUCUCUCCUCCUUCCCCACUUGCACACCCGGCUUCUUCUGAUUCUUUAUACCCCUCUCUUCUGUUUUCAUUAUUUGGAGUCAUAAUACACAAGUGUAACUCUUUUUGUGCUCUUCUUUUUUCCUUUCACUAUCUAAUCCUUUACGCUUGUCUCCUCUCUCUGUUUUCUCAUCUUCAAAGUUAGCCUGUGUUAUUUUUAGAUGAUGACACCCAACACACCGACAUUCUAGUCUCGUCGAACGGGUAAUGUGUUGUUAUUAUUUUCGAAGUGGGGAAAAGUUGGAGGCGCACACCCGAUGAGCCUCAGAAUUUAGUAGAAAGACCCGUUCGGCUCACUAGGUGUUGGAUGAUGAUGUGCGUGCGAAUCUCCUUUCCUUUUCUCUCUCUCCGUUCCUUUUUUCCAUCCAUUCAUCGUGUCGUCCUGAUUUGACUGAAAAUGAGUAGGUUUGAAUGUGUAAGUAAGCAUUUCACUCCUCUUACUGCUGAUAUUGUCUGUGUCUCUCUCUCUCUCUCUCUCUAUCUCCGUCUGUUUCAAUUUUCUUCUCCUCGCUCCGCACCAAACACAAGCACACACACAUGAAAAUGAUUGUAAUUGUUUUUUACCUGUGCCCAAUAUAAUGCUCUUCUCCCCACCCAAUCGAAUCCAUCCACCCCACAAUGGCACCAAACUAUUUUCGCUAUCUGUUUUUUCAUCGGCUCUUUUUCGUCUUUUGUACAUUCUCCUAUUCUAGCCAAAUAAAUGCUCUCUCCCUGUCUGUUUGACUAUCUGUCUUCUUCUCUCUUUCUCUUUCUCUCCCUCACUCUCAGAGCUCCGACUGUACUUGGUUCUUGAUGUUUCUGAUUGAUAGGGCGAGAGCUCUCCCACUCUUCCAACUCGGCCAAUUUAUAUCGAUUGUGCUUUUCGCUUCCCUGCAAGACGUUUUUGGAUCUAUAAUAUUUGGACCGUAGUUUUAUUUAUACUUCUUUUUGUCACAUUUUUAUUCAAAGCGAUGAUAUCUUUUUUUCCCCCUCUCUAUUUUCUGUCUUGCUGGAUUUAUAUAUAUUCAAGAUGAAAAUAAAAGUGGAUCGACUUUGCGAUCUUUUAAAAGAUGAAGCAUUAUGUGUGGCGCCGCGCGGAAGCAUCUCUUCCGAAAACGGAAAAAGCGAUAAAGAUCAAAAAGAUGGAAGUGUUCGUUCCUGAAUCGAUUUCAUUUCUUAUGCUUUAGCCGCCCAACGCCUCGUCUAUUUAUUCGUAUAAAGAAGCAAACACUAAGAAAAUGGUGAGCGGGAAUGACUGGUUUAGUCUCAGGACAACUGUGCAGUAGAGCGCACUUUCCACGCUACGCUCCCCUCCCGAAUGUCUGCGCAUUCCGCGCUCGACACACUCUCUCGCGUUUCCACGCAGCAUUCCCCACUCAUUUCCAUUUGCAUUCGAAACAGCUGUUUCGGAAGCCCGAAUCUUUGAUUCUAACGCAUUUAUACAAUUUUUGCUGAAAGUGUGUGUGUGUGUUUUCAGAAAGCACUGGCGAAUGGUUCCACGUGGCAGCUCCGCGAGCCGUUAGUCACAAGUCACAGGAGAUCGGCAAGCAUGAUGCGAUUCGCAAUCAAAACUGGUUGAGUUUACUGCUUUGGAAAUUUUAGAAAAAAGUUCCGUCGGAGCGACGCCGAUCCAACUUUCGGUGUUGCUUAGACUACGCUACUAAAAAAUAUUGACAAGCAGCGAAACUUUCAAAAGUCGAAAGCAACUCUGAAACUUUUAGGACUUACAAUAUUCAUCGUUCUACUAAUUUUCCAAUUCACCGGGGUUGAUUCACUAGAUGAGAAAGUCGAAAAAAGCGAGGAAGUUGUAGUGGUGGCAGUGAACAAGACGGAUGUUUUGGGGUGAGUGUACUGAUUUUCACUUUGACGGCAAUGCUGGAUAAGUUUCAGCGAAGCGAUCGAUGCAAAUGCGACAAGUCUGGAGCAGCACGGAGCAGCCAUCGUCGGAAAUGUUUCGGAAGAGAAGAAGCGCUCGCUAGCCAUCUUCUUCAUUCUUUUCGUGAUCGUGCUCGCCACUCUUGUCGUCCACAUGCUCAUCGUCUCGAAAGUUCACUGGAUGCCCGAAAGUCUGGCGAUUGUGGCUCUCGGAGCACUCAUCGGAUCGAUUCUUUCGUAUUCAAAACGAGAUUGGAGCGAGAUCGAAGCGCUGAGUCCGGACGUUUUCUUCCUCGUUCUUCUGCCUCCGAUCAUAUUUGAGAAUGCGUAUAACCUCAACAAAGGCUACUUCUUCUCCAAUUUCGUUCCAAUUUUGACGUUUGCAAUUCUGGGUACGACGAUUUCAGCUAUGGUUAUCGGAGCAGGAUUGUACGUGCUAGGCGCAGUGAGUAAAUGAAACUGGAAAAAAAAGUAAAACUAUAUUAUUUCCAGCUUGGGAUAGUCUUCGAAUUCACAUUCUUCGAGUGCUUCGCUUUCGCCGCCAUGAUCUCCGCCGUUGAUCCCGUCGGCACUCUUGCCAUUUUCCAAGCCGUCAAAGUGGAAUCCCUAUUGUACAUGCUCGUGUUCGGUGAAUCAAUGCUCAACGACGCCGUCUCGAUUGUGCUCGCCGCGACAGCUCUCCGGCACGCAAAGCCGCCUUUCAACACACUUCCAGCGUCUGAAAUUAUAACGAGCGCUUUUGUCACUUUCAUGGAGAUGUUCUUCUUCUCGGCAUGUCUCGGUGUCAGUAUUGGAUUGCUCAGUGCUUUGGUAAGUUUAAGUUUUACCAAAUAUCCUCAAACAUUUCUCAAACAUUUGAGCUGUUCAAACACGUGGAUCUUCGAAAAACGCCGUCUCUGGAGUUCGCCCUGCUUCUCAUCUUCUCCUACAUCCCCUACGGAUUCGCAGAAGCGCUCGAUUUGUCCGGCAUCAUGGCGAUCCUUUUCUGCGGCAUUUCCAUGUCCCAGUACACCCGCCACAAUGUCAGUCCCAUCGCUCAGAUCACAUUCCGCCACACGUUCCGAACCAUUUCGUUCGUCGCCGAAACCUCCACCUUCGCCUAUAUCGGAAUGGCGUUCUUCACAAUUAAACUGAACUUUGCUCCGUGGCUCAUUUUCUGGAGCGUCGUCCUCUGUCUCCUGGGACGCGCGUGCAACGUUUUCCCGCUUGCGUACCUCGUCAAUCAGUGCCGGAAGGAUGUGCAGAUUUCGAUGAAGAAUCAGAUUAUCAUGUGGUUCAGCGGAAUGCGCGGCGCCGUCUGCUUCGCUCUCGUUCUUUACAUGGACCUGGACAAGGAGAAGAAGUCGGUGCUUCUGACAACCGUACUCUUUCUGAUUCUGUUCACCACCAUCUUCCUGGGCGGAUCUGCUCUUCCGUUCAUCUCCUUCAUCAAUCGAUGCUAUCCAAAUGAGCGACAACGCAAAAGAAGGAGAACGCCACGAAAGGAAGCGAACUCGUCGGCGCUGAUGAUGAGUAAAACUCAAGAAAUGGUAAAGAAAACGAUGAAAUUCCACUAAAAUCUGCUAUUUUUCAGUCCUUCUUUGGCAGUGACGACUGGGGACCGAAGAAGUCGGCGCUGGACGCCACUUCCACCGCCGGACGCCUCAUGCGAUCGUUAUUCGUUCGAAAGUUCACUGCCGUCGAACGAAUGGAACAUCGCGACAAACUGGCGGCGCUUACGAAACGAGCACUCGCAAGCGAUCAGGUCACCGACAGUGAUGACGUCGAGUUGGGCGGUCGGAAGGAGGACACGACGAGAGUUCGAAGCAACUCGCGGAACAGCAGCGAUGCAAUGGCUGGAAGCAUUGUCGGAGGAGAGCAGCACUUGCUCAUCAGCUCGGACAGCGAUUCGAAUCAGUUGUAG